ACACCGAUAAGUUCUACGAACACCUUCGAACCCAUCUACCUCGACCUGUGCUCCGGCCCGCUCGACGACAUGGAGGCGCAGACGGGAGCGGCAGGCUCGGCGGACGCGGCGAUGGAGGACGUCAACGCUUUCGGGCCCCCCAAGUGGGCGGGGAAGAGAAGUGGAACCGAGGGCGAGGAUUCCGCCGCGAAGCAGCACAAAGGCGCGGGCAAGGGCGCGAAGCUCAGGGACGACGACUGGCGCGCCAUGGCGCUGUGCACGGCUCGCUUGACCCUAGCCGUCGCGAGGGACACGGCUAGCCUCGCGGCCACGGUGUACGAGACGUGGGAGCUGAACGCAGACGCACCACUCCCGGCCGCAGGCAUCCUGGCGGGGCAGGAGUACAACGAGCAGGCCAAGGAGCUUCACGAGCAGCACGAGAAGGACGCGUCGGUGGAUCUGGCGCAGCUGGGCCCCCCGCACCUGGUCGUGUCCGCGAAGGUGUUCCAGGAGCUAGCGAAGCAUGUCUCCGAGCAGGGGAAGCCGACGCUGGCGCAGUUCUCCGCAACAGUGGUGCAGGCGGAGGCCCCCACUCCCCUGGGCGAAGCCGUGCCGCACCUCAGCGUGAAGAAGAACAAGCAGAAGUCGGCCAAGGGCGUACAGAAGUGCCGCAUCGUCGUCGCCAUGGCCACCGAUCCGCACAUCCGCACGAUCCGCGACAUGCUGGUGGAAGAGAUCCAGAAAGAGGGCGGUCAGAAGAAGCUCGGGCCGGCACCGCGUGGAGCUCUCGAGCGGGAACUCAAUCGGGUGGUGAGCAGGGCGUGACGGUCCGACCACUUUCGGGACCAGAGGUGUCUGCACGAGUGCCAGCAGUGUUCAGAGAUAGCGCACGUUAUAGACAGCUAGUCGCCAACGGUAGGCUCCCGAGCGCCCAACAGGCAGCGCCAGUACCAGUCCUUCAGACCUUCUUGACUCCAACGUUCCUCACUCCCAGACCUCCUGAGUCAGCACCGCCAGGUAGGGCUCGCGGCAAGGGCAGAGGCAAGGGCCGAGGCAAAUG